CAGAAAGAACAAAGGGUACUAGAUAGUAACUGGAAUUGGUUCCAAAUCAACACAAACAGUUCCAGAUCAACUGAAUGUAAAAUACUAGAAAUCAACGACGUCGCCUGCUGGAGCGGGAGCACCAAGCGGGUGGGCUCCGGCGAACCCGCCGCUGGCGGGGCAACCGAGUCCGUGUGGGCGGCCUGCUGCGGCCGUUCUUCCUGCAAGCCUGUUUCUACUCUGUCCUCUCGAUUACACACAUCUGAUCGUAUCGGGCACACGGCCGAAACGGAUUCGGAACUCGCUCCGUCCCCUUUGUUCCCAUUGUUCGUCUUCGGCGAGAGCGAUUCGGAGCUCGGCUGGGCUUCUGAAUUCUGAUGCCGAUUCGGAACUCGGCCCUGCCGGGAUCGCCUCCAUAAAAGGCGAGACGGGGCAUGACCAGCACCAGCAAUCGCUCGCACCGAUCAAACAAGAAACCUUCAGGCACUCGACGGAACAGCAACCAUGGGACGGCGGCGCACGCCGAGGCUGCUGACUCUGCUCGCGUUCUCGCUCGCCGUCCUGCUGCUGCUCGCCCCCUCUACCGCCGCCGGGGCAGUGAUGCCAGCGAAGGCCAUCGACGCGAGCAAGAGCCAGCGCCUGGAGCUGCCGGAGUCGAUGGUGGGCCCGGAGAGCGUGGCCUUCGACGGGCACGGCGCCGGGCCCUACGUCAGCGUCGCGGACGGCCGCGUCCUCCGGUGGGGCGGCGGCGGCUCCGGCUGGGCGACGUACGCGUACAGCCCGAGCUACGCCGAGAACGGCUGCGCCGCGCCGUCCGAGCUCCCGCCGGUCGCCAGGGAGAGCGCGUGCGGGCGGCCGCUGGGCCUGCGGUUCCACCGCGACUCCGGCGACCUCUACAUCGCCGACGCGUACAUGGGGCUGAUGCGGGUGGGGCCGGGUGGCGGGGAGGCGACGGUGCUGGCGACAGAGGCUGGCGGGGCGCCGCUGCGCUUCACCAACGGGGUGGACGUCGACCAGGUGACCGGCGACGUCUACUUCACCGACAGCAGCAGGACCUACCAGCGAUCCCAGCACCAAAUGGUCACCGCGACAGGGGACUCCACGGGGCGCAUCAUGAGAUACGACCCGCGGACCAACCAGGUCACCGUGCUCCAGUCCGGCGUCACUUACCCUAACGGCAUCGCCAUCAGCGCCGAUAGGACCCACCUCGUCGUCGCGCUCACAGGACCGUGCAAGCUGCUAAGGUACUGGCUCCAAGGGCCAAAGGCUGGCACGUCCGAGGUGUUCGCCGACUUGCCAGGGUACCCAGACAACGUGAGGCCCGACGGGAACGGAGGGUACUGGGUGGCGUUGCACCGAGAAAAGUUCGAGUUCCCCUUUGGUGUAAACAAGCACUUGGUCGCUAUUAGGAUUGGCGCCGAAGGUGAGAAACUGCAAGAGAUGAAUGGCCCUAAGAAUGUCCGGCCAACCGAGUUGGUGGAAAGAAGAGAUGGCAAGAUAUAUAUGGGAUCCGUAGAGCUGACAUAUGUCGGCAUUAUCAGCACCUAG